AUUCAAAAUCCGCCAAUAACAUCGCUCUGAUUAUCUUUCCCAAAUCUGGAAAAUUUAGGGUUCCAUCAAACGCGAUCGCAUCGCCUAAAAAUUUCAAAUUUGCAACUGAUUUCUUCCUGUUUAAAUCACUCCAUUUCAAUUGUUUUCUUCUUCGUUUGAUCCGAUACAGUCUGAAUCAAGACACCACUUUUUCUGGGUGUGUGAAUUUUUUCCCCCAAUUGGAUUAGAGACGAUGAGCGACGUCACCGGUGAUCUCGCGGCGGUGAGUGAAGCCAAGGGAGGUUCUGACGCCGCCCGGAUCUCGGAGGUGAAAGCGUGGCUCACCUCUCAGUUCGAAGCCGCCGGCAAAGAAGUCCCCAAUUUCGAGUACACUCAUCGAAGCAUUACCCAUCUGUAUAAUCUCGCCACCGCUUCUCAAGCUAAGUCUCAAGCUGCCACCAUUGUCGCCAACGAUUUUCGUCUGAAAGCUUCAGAAUAUCGUGCUCAAGCGGCUAGGAUUAGAGAGAUAUUGGAGAGUGCAGGAAUGUCACAAGAGAGUUUACCGUCAAAUGUGGUCUCUUCAGCUCAAGUUCUUGCAAAUGUGGCAAAUUUGUUGAACAUACGGGACACUGAACUGAGCAGUUUCCUUGUAGCAAUGGGAGACAUUUCUCUGAGGAAGACUGGAGUGGAAGAGAAAAGGGCUAAAGCACAAAAGGAGUCCAAUGCUCUUCUUGACUAUACAAGGAAAGCUAUACAGAGGCUGACGUAUUUGAAGAAAAUCCUUGCGCAGCUAGAAGACGAUGUAGUCCCUUGUGAAUCACAGAUGGAGAACUGGAAAACAAAUUUGGAAGUAAUGGCGGUGAAAGAGGAACAAUACAUACAGCAGUACAAGAAGUAUGAGCAGAUGUUACUCAAUCGUGUUGGCUACACUCCUAAGAUCAGCCACAGAGAGCUGGUAGAAAUGGCAGAGCACCGGAAGGAAUUGGACAAGAUGACAAAACCCGUCCUUGAUACUCUAAGAAGCUACCAGGAUUUACCUCCGGACAAAGCUCUGGCUGCACUAGCAAUCGAAGACAAGAAAAGACAGUUUGCAGCCUCGGAAAAGUAUCUAGAAGAAGUAUUACAAUCAGCCCUUGAGACAAACAAUGAGUGAUCGAUAUAAAACCGGAAAAUAUUCUGUUUUCAGCUAUUUGGUAGAAAAUGUUUGAGAGGCUGAGAAACACAUACAAACAUCACCAACAGAAAUUCAUAAGUACAAACCUAAAGUGACAAGUUGUUUAACAAUGGAGAGUGAAGAGGGGAAAAGUGGAACCAAGUAGCAGUGGAGAGUGAAGAGGGGUUCUUAAAACUCUAGUUUGGAGAUCAUCUUCUGGGUUCAGUUUGUCUUUUCAGUUUUUCAGUUUGUCUUUUCAGUUCUUCAGUACGGAUCUUAGUUUCAGCUGUAGCUUCUUUUAUUAGUGAGCUUAGUAGACUAAGGAGACCGCGGAGUUCAGCUAGAUUCAUA